AUGAUCUGUAUGUCACCAGGAAACUUGUUGGUGAUUCUGGUGGUGACGUUUUCCCGCCGUCUAAGAAGCAUCACCAACUUCUUCCUCGCGAACCUGGCAAUGGCGGACCUCUGCGUCGGCGUCUUCUGUGUCUACCAGACGCUAACGAAUUACCUGAUGAACAGCUGGCGUUUGGGAGACUUCCUCUGCAAAGUCUACAUGUUCGUCCACGCCCUCUCCUACACGGCCAGCAUCAUGAUCCUGGUAGUGGUGUGCUGUGAGAGAUACUUGGCAAUCGUGCACCCCAUAAAGUGUAGGUCAAUGUUGACCAGACGUCGCCUAAGAGUCGUCAUAGGGAUAGUAUGGCUGCUGGCAGCCAUAUAUGCAUCCCCUAGGUUCAUUUACGUAGAGACCAUCGACAACCACCUGGACACUGGGGAGGUGGACGUGAUUUGCAUGCCAAACAUGAAGAAGCACAACAAAAACGUUUUGGACGCGGUGAAUCUCGUCUUCCUGUACCUGCUGCCUCUGUUUUUGAUGUGUUGUCUGUACACCAGGAUAGCCGUCGGUUUGUGGAGAAGUGGAACCGCCCUUGGUGGUCCUGGGCUAGUUGCCAGGGCCAGGAACGGCAGGGUCCACCACGUCCACACAUCCAGCAGAAAUGUUCUAAGGGCGAGACGGGGAGUCAUCAGGAUGCUGAUCGCCGUAGUGAUGAUGUUUGCGGUCUGCAACCUGCCACAGCAAGCUCGCAUUGUGUGGCUUCACUGGGAUCCAAACUACGACCGGACGUCGGAUUUCAGCACCAUCCUAACCGUCUCUACCUUCCUGAUCUCCUACACGAACUCCUGUCUCAAUCCAUUGUUGUACGCUUUCCUGUCGCGAAACUUCCGCAAAGGUAUGCGAGAGUUGUUGGUCUGCAGCUCCAGGGGCCAAGGUAGCAGACUGGGAAUGGGCUGCGUGGGUGGAGACACGGUUCGCAACGAGAACGGGCAGAACACAAACCCACCACACAGUUCCGUGGUCAGGCUGAGUUCGGCCCACGACAGUCCCUGCACCACGCAGACCAUCACCAGGCAAAGUACCUACGGAAGGAAUUCCUAG